CCACCACCACCCACCCCCUCCUCGCAUCAUCCCUUCCCGGCACAGGACGCGCGCAUGCGCCCAUCAGCCGUAGAUCGGCAUCCAAAAAUCGGCCGCCAGUUCAUGGAGCAUCGCGGUCACGCCGCCGUUGGGCGUCAAAAGAAGACCCAACAAUGACCUCGCCCAAAACAGACACUGCUUGUGUCGUCGACGCCGCCAGCGCGGCCGCCCCUGAUCAACAAGCACACACGACCCAAGGACCGGGAGGCAUGCCAGAAAUUGAGCUCCUGGCACGGCGGCCCGCUCCAAGCGAGACGCCGCAGCCGCAGACGAAUGAUGACGUGCAGAGACAGACGGCAAGUGGCGGCAUCCCUGACGCUGCAUCCAAGCGCCGCCUCUUUUACUCGUCGGCCCAGUGGACGUCCGACGGCACCACCAUCAUUGUAGGCGCCUCAGACAACUCCGUCUCCUCCUUCGUCCUCCCGGCCGACCUCCUGCAGUCUGCCGGCCAAGACCUCGUGCUGGAGCCCCAAGCCACAACCAACCUCCCAGAGCCCACGUAUGCCAUUGCUGCCGCGCCCUUCUUCAGUCUGGCCGACCCUGUCUCGCAGACAUAUCUCGUCAGCUGUAGAGACCAUCCAAUCCACCUCCACCAUGCGUUCCCUGACCCAGACACGCAUCAGACGCCGCUGGGCUCGUACAGGCUCAUCAGGAAGGAAACUGAGCAGUACAUAACGCCCGCUUCCAUGAUUUGGCAGCAGCCCGGCACUCACUUCCUUUGCGGGUCCGCAAACCGCCUCGAUCUUUUCGACGUCUCUCGUCAUGGCUCCGACGGGCCCCUCACGACAGUGCCCACUAUCCCGUCCAAGAGACAUAUUUCCAAGGGAAGUGGUGUGGGUAUGAAAGGGACCGUCUCAGCCCUUGCCGCCUCUCCCUACGAUGCCAACGGAGGGUCUCUCGUGGCUGCGGGGACUUGGACUCGUUGGAUGGGCAUGUACGAUCUGUCGCGCACAAACAAGGUGGUUGCCAACUGGAGUAUCUCACAAGCCGCCAGCGCGGACUUUGGCCUCGACAUCGGAGGUCAAGGCGUCGUCCAAGUUUCAUGGAGCCCGUGUGGCCGCUAUCUUGUGAUCAAUGAACGGCAGUCGAGCGGACUUCUCGUGUACGACAUCCGCGGUGCCGGAAAGCUGCUCAGUGUCUUGACGGGUCGCAGAUGCGCCAGCCAGCAAAGAUUGACAUGCGACCUGUUUCAAAGUGAUAUAUACGGUUCCGCUGGCUUUGAGGUCUGGGGAGGCUCUCAAGACGGCCACGUCCUCGUGUGGGACAACGUCGGGCUUCGGGACGGACCUCUGUCGCCCUCCUGGGAUUGGAAGGCUCACGAUUCGCCUGUCGGCAGCACGAUACUGCACGAUUGCGGUUCUGUAGUUGCCACUUGCUCCGGUGCCUGGGAACACUCUCCGGAUCAUGUCCUCGGUGACACUUUGGACAAAAGCAGUCAAUGCCGGGUUCUCGAUGAAUCAUCGCUAAAGAUCUGGUCUAUUAGCAAUACCCAGAGCUAAGUUACCGACAGCCGUGCCGACCUCAUUCGGACGAUGUCCACAGGGCUUGGGCCAAGAGAUCUGUUGCCGUGCGACUGACGGAAAUUGGGAGCACUGUCGCUGUCAAUGGGAAUUCAGUAGUUGCUUAUGGGUUAUGGACACCUGAAAUAAGCUUAAUCCUGUCUCGGUGCUGUGGCACCAUACUGAGUCCCCGCCCUCCGUCAGCUGUCGCCACCGCCUUGUCGUGUGCCCUCGGAACAGGGUAGCCAGUCAGUACAAGGGCACACAUGCGCUAAGCGAAUGAUUCCCGUCUUCAGUCGAAAUGUUCAGGGCGAGUAAGACUCUAUCGACGCGGUCUCUGGCCCCUAUCAGUAAGCCUUGCCAGGAAGCCGAAUACGCACAGUCCGGCAUCCUUUCUUCGUUGGGAUGCAAGUGGCGUUGGUAAACGAUUAAACCUCUUAGUGUUAUGGUUAAGAGCCAUUGGCACUCUGCUAGGCCUUGAUCGCUUGUAAUUUUCCAUACAAGAUUGCCGCACACGACUCGGGCGAAGAAGUCUGGUCAAAGCUUACGAGCAGUCCCAGAUGCGGCCAGCCUCAACAAUGGAUUACCGAGAGCAAAAUAACAAGCGUACUAUCAAGAUCAAAAUGGGCAAAUUAAUCGAAAUAUACAGUGGUAGA